CUCCUCAAUCCACUCAUCGCUUCUUCUCAACAUCUCAGAGUUACAAACAAAAGAAAAAUGCCUCUCUCCUUGCUUUCCAAAUUCUCCAUUCGGGCAUUCAUUGCAUCCUUUUUCAUAUUUUCUGCUCUGGCUCAUGAUUUCUCCAUUGUGGGUUAUUCACCAGAGCAUCUGACUUCCACGGAUAAACUUAUUGAGCUCUUUGAAUCAUGGAUAUCGAAGCAUGGGAAAAUUUAUGAUUCCAUUGAAGAGAAGCUACUAAGGUUUGAGGUUUUCAAGGAUAACUUGAAGCACAUUGACAAGAGGAAUAAGGAAAUCAGCAGCUAUUGGCUUGGGUUGAAUGAGUUCGCUGACUUGAGCCAUGAAGAGUUUAAGAACAAGUAUUUAGGACUCAAAUCGGAGGUUCUCAGGAAGAACCAAUCACCUGAAGACUUCACUUACACAGAUGUGGCUAACUUGCCAAAGUCUGUUGAUUGGAGAAAGAAAGGAGCUGUUGCCCCAGUCAAGAAUCAAGGUUCUUGCGGUAGCUGCUGGGCAUUUUCAACGGUAGCAGCUGUUGAGGGCAUAAACAAGAUAGUAACAGGAAACUUAACUUCCUUGUCUGAGCAAGAGCUGAUUGACUGCGAUACAUCUUUCAACAAUGGCUGCAAUGGAGGUCUGAUGGAUUAUGCAUUUGAGUUCAUAGUCGCCAAUGGUGGACUUCACAAAGAGGAAGACUACCCGUACCUCAUGGAGGAAGGCACCUGUGAAAAAACGAAGGAGGAAACGCAGGUCGUGACAAUCAGUGGUUACCACGAUGUACCAGAAAAUGAUGAGCAAAGCCUCUUGAAAGCUCUGGCCAAACAACCUCUCAGUGUAGCCAUUGAGGCUUCCGGAAGAGAUUUCCAAUUCUACAGUGGGGGUGUAUUCAACGGGCCAUGUGGAACUGAACUGGAUCACGGAGUAGCAGCAGUUGGCUAUGGAACCUCAAAAGAGUCAGAUUACAUCAUCGUGAAGAACUCCUGGGGACCGAAAUGGGGAGAAAAAGGGUACAUAAGGAUGAAGAGAAACACAGGAAAACCUGAAGGGCUCUGUGGCAUCAACAAAAUGGCUUCAUAUCCUACCAAGAAGUGAAGAAGUGACGUGAAAGAUGCGGGUUUCGCUUGUCAAGAAAAACUUUGUUUUCUUCGUUAAAGCUUUUUUCCAUAGUUCCUUGUGUUGACACAAUUUGCUGGCCUACUGUUGCCAUGUUCCUUCGUUAAUAAAAAUGGCUAACAAUUUCGCUUGAAAAA